AUGGGCCGCUCUGAGGAGCUCAGUGAAUUCAAGCAUGGUACCAUGAUAGGUUGCCACUUGUGCAAUAAGUCCAUCCAUGAAAAUUCCUUGCUAUUAAAUAUUCCACAGUCAACUGUUAGUGGUAUUAUAACAAAGUGGAAGCAACUGGGAACAACAGCAGGUCAGCCAUGAAGUGGUAGGCCACGUAAAAUGUCAGAGCGGGGGCAUCGCAUGCUGAAGCACCUAAUUUCCAGUGAAGGGAACUCUUAAGGCAUCAACAUACCAAUACAUUUUGGACAAUUUCAUACUCCCAACUUUUUGGGAAGUUUUGGGAUGGCCCCUUC